GAAGGGUCUGCGGCUUUGUGCAUACAGCGCAUACGAGCUUCAAGUGUCAAAAUCUUUCUGAUCACAUGGAGAUAAGCAGAUAAGCUUCCUAUCUUUGGAUUUGAAUUAUACUUCUAGUAGGGCUCAGCUUCAAAGGUUGAACUCAUGUUCAUGUUUGAGCCUUCCAUAUCUUCCAUCUGUUAUGGUCAAAACGUCUACACUCCCUAGUGGUGAUAAGUUAUGACACCGAGCGAUCAGUUCAAGAAAUAACACUGCACAACUAUAUCAGGACCUCGGGUAAGAAUGUCAAAGAUAUGCUAACGAAUCCUUGCUGCCGUCCCCAUAUAUACCUGUGGUUUAUAUGCACCACCUCAUAUUUCCCCAGUACAUCCCCACCCACCCCAAAUUGCCAUGGUCUUCUCAAUGUUACUCUACUUCCUUGCAUACCUGAAUUUCCUAUCUGCUACACCACACGUCUUCGCUCACAGUGCUAGAGACAGUGCAGCCCCAACUCCCAAAAACGCUACCGUACUGAUUUUGGGUGGAGGCGUCGCUGGUGUCAUUGCUGCUCGCACUCUGGAACAACAAGGCAUCACGGACUAUAUCAUUGUAGAAGCUCGCCAGGAACUCGGAGGCCGGAUGCAAAAUUAUACUUUCGGUGCCCCAGGCAAGCAAUAUACUGUGGAAUUGGGUCCUAAUUGGAUUCAAGGGACCCAGGAAGGCAAUGGCCCAGCGAAUCCGAUUCUAAUUUUAGCAGAGAAACACAACCUAAGCACACAAUUCAACGAUUGGUAUGGAAGUAUUAUGACAUACGACUACAAUGGUUAUAAUGAUUACCUUGAUGUGUUCAAUGAUGCCGUUGAUGCAUAUACAAAUACAACAAUUGUGGCUGGUGAACGCGUCGAUCAACAACUUGUUGACACGAAUUUGUUGACUGGAUAUGGUAUUAUUGGCGCAAGUUCAAAAACACCACAGGAAGCAGCUAGUAUAUAUUAUCAGGCUGAUUGGACACCUGAGCAGACCUCAUGGAUUGCAUCAUCUUGGGGUAAUAACUUUACUUACAACACCGACGUAGGAGGAUUCUCAGACUCGAACCUUAUGUGCAUCGACCAGCGUGGUUUCAAGACCAUCAUUCAAGAGGAGGCACAGGAGUUUCUAAAACCAGAACAACUUCUUCUGAACUCGACCGUCGACAAGAUCACGUACAGCGAGGAUGGUGUGACAGUGUCAUUGACUAAUGGAAGGUCACUAAGUGCCGAUUAUGCACUGUGCACCUUCAGUGUGGGGGUGUUACAAUACGGUGACGUUGCCUUUGAACCUACUUUGCCGAGUUGGAAGGUGGAAGCCAUUCAAAGUAUGGUUAUGGCAACUUAUACCAAGAUUUUCUUUCAAUUUCCCGAGGACUUUUGGUUCAGCACUGAGAUGGCCCUCUAUGCUGAUAAGCAGCGUGGUCGGUAUCCAGUCUGGCAAAGUAUGGACCACGUUGGUUUUUUCCCCGGUUCUGGCAUAGUUUUCGUGACGGUGACGGGGGAUUUUGCUAUUAGAACAGAAGCAUUAUCUGACAAUCUAGUCCAAGAUGAGGUCAUGGGUGUUCUUCGUGCGAUGUACCCGAAUACCACUAUUCCUGAUCCACUGGCUUUUUACUUUCCCCGCUGGCACAGCAAUCCCCUGUUCAGAGGGUCGUAUUCAAACUGGCCAGCAUCAUUUUUCAAUGGCCAUUCUCAAAAUCUCAGAGCAACUGUGUCGGAAAGACUGUGGUUUGCGGGUGAGGCAACUAGCCUGAAAUACUUUGGCUUCUUGCACGGGGCUUAUUUCGAAGGGUUAGAUGUUGCUCAACAAAUGGCAAUAUGUAUACAAGAAGGGGGUUGUGUGGGAAUACAGCAUGUGGAAAACGUGAUGAACGCCGAGCCCUACACGAUCACUACUACAUAAUCAAAGCCGUGCUCUUUGAGAUCUGUCAUGUCAAGUUUCUUGUGUCUCCGCCAAUCAAUCCCUUUUUCUCUCAUC